AUGGAUGCGCCCAACAGAGCCUCCGAGGCAGGCUGCCUCCUUCUCAUGUCCUUCGUUCUGCUUUUCAAAUGUGGUAUGCUGUGGCAGCACCAACCUAUCGCUCGUGGCCAGACUCCCUUACUAUGGCUGACGUGCCACCACGAUACCAUCGCCCUGAUACAGAUCACGAUGCUCCAGACAGGAGCACUAUCAGACUCGAUCCUCGCUUCGAUCCAUUCAUACCGUCUGCAUCUCGGACUUAUUUUGGAAGGCGUGAAGGUUGAGGAUCUCCUUGCCGAUGAUGAAAGGCAGGGAGAUGGAAACAUGUUUGGAAAGAGUAAAGGUAAGGAGAUUGAAGAGAUCCCACUUUGUGCUCAGUGUGUCGAGGAUGUUGGGAUUGGCUCGAGUGACGACGAACAUUUGAUCCCUCUGGCCCUGGACAGGAUUGAGGGAUUCGACGGCGGGCUCUCGAGGCGGAGAUGGGAGGCGAGGCACAAAGAUCAGCGGACAACGGCCGCUGGCCAUUGCAAUUCACCUCAGCGGGUUGCUGGAAAUAUUCGACGCACGCCAUCUCCCAUCUACGUUUCCUCGCACGAUCCCCUUGGCGAGCCUGCUUUCCGGGCCAGCGCGGCGAAACCCAUUCCAAAAUGGAUGCAGUAUCUCCCCAGCUAUAGGCGGAGUGAACAGGCUCGCUUCGAGCACCCUGCAUCUGUGUUUGACAGUCUCCUCUCCAAACCCAAUCUCAAGUCCGUCAGCUUAGAUACCGACGAACAGGACUCAUUGCCGCCACCAGUUCCUCCGCACAUUGUUCCUGUACGUCCGAAUGCUCUCAACUAUUCACCUCCUCUCACACCUGCUCAGAAGUCCCGUCCCUUUACCCUGAUCGCCGAAGAACCUGUUCAGCGACCGUCGUACACCAGGUUUGGUGCAGGUCAGGCCAAGCAUGUCCGGUUCGGCAGCAAUUCACGAGGCUCGUUAUCGCCUAUAUCACUCCUCAGAAACACGGCCCAGUCGCCAUCCGAGUCGGCUGAGUAUCUAGAUGAAUACAACGUUUCCAUUCCAAGAAACGUCAGAUCGUCUGCCGCGCCCAUCCGCUCGCCACCGGGAGAGGCGAAUGAACACCAUGCAAGAGUCCUCUCGCCUUUCCUUAGACGCGUCGACAACCAUCCACUGUUAUCAAAUGCCUCUUUGGACAGUAGCCGAAAAAGCGCCGACGAGAUCGAUGACGAGGAACGCUUACCAUUCUCGACGCUGCCCCAGCACAGUGCUGCCGAAGCAAUUUCGGCCACUCAAAAGCAAGCACUCGGCCACACAAGGUCUCACAGCCAUGCAGACAAGGGUUCGGGAGAUCCUGUCAACUAUGUGAAGUCUUCCAGCAGCAACUGGCGUGCUGGUGCAGAUGGGCCGGGUGAGAACUCACGGAGGAGGCCACCGACGUUUCAAGACCAGUUGAAGAGGGUUUUUGGAUUCUAUUGA